UUCAUUUUCUUGGUUGGUUUGUGGCGUCUCUUGUGAGUCAGCUUUGGUUGGUAUACCAGAUCCACUCGCAAGUCACACAGAGGCACCCAUGAACGACUGACCUACCACCUCUCUCAUUUCAACACGCACUUUAAAGAUAAGCAGCGAACAGUCUCCUUCUUCUACUCCCCGUAUAACAUUAGAACUAAUUCAGAAUCGAUAGAAACAAAGAAACAUGAAUCCUAUGGAUUUCAUCGAGUCACUCGAUCCUCAGAUCCUCGUGGGUGUAUCUGUUGCUUUUGUGGUCAUUGUUGCUGCAGCUUUUCUCUUCUCCUCCAAGAAGCCGAAAGGUUGCUUAGAUCCCCAGAAUUUCAAGGACUUCAAACUUGUCAAGCGCACACAAUUGAGCCACAAUGUGGCAAAGUUCAAAUUUGAACUUCUGACAUCGACUUCAAUUUUAGGUCUUCCAAUUGGACAACACAUAAGUUGUAGGGGCAAGGAUAGCCAAGGUGAAGAGGUUAUCAAACCAUAUACCCCAACCACAUUGGAUUCUGAUGUUGGAUACUUUGAACUAGUGAUAAAGAUGUAUCCUCAAGGAAGAAUGUCACACCAUUUCCGUGAGAUGCGUGUUGGAGAUCAUCUUGCUGUCAAGGGACCCAAGGGCCGUUUCAAGUAUGAACCUGGCCAAGUUAGAGCUUUUGGGAUGCUUGCUGGAGGCUCUGGAAUCACUCCGAUGUUCCAGGUUGCUAGGGCAAUAUUAGAAAAUCCCAAAGACAAAACAAGGGUUCACCUGAUCUAUGCCAACGUGACACACGAGGACAUUCUCUUAAAGGAUGAGUUGGAUGGCCUUGCUACUACCUACCCUGAUCGCUUUCAAAUCUUCUACGUAUUGAACCAGCCUCCUGAAGUAUGGGAUGGGGGAGUUGGAUUUGUCUCGAAGGAAAUGAUUCAAACCCAUUUGCCCGCCCCUGGCCCUGAUAUACAGAUCCUAAGAUGUGGUCCACCACCCAUGAACAAGGCCAUGGCUGCUCAUCUUGAAUCACUUGAAUAUGCCCCUCAUAUGCAGUUCCAGUUCUGAUCCUCUCUUCCGGCCUUCAACUUACUAUCAGCUCCCAUUGCUUUGAGUUUGGGACUUUCCUCUUCUUCAUUAGAGCAAGUGAAUUAGACGAAUUCUUGCUAUUAUGAAAUUCCAUGGUUUCCGUGGCUGUGAUACUAGUAUAUUUGAUGUCGGUGCAAAUCAACGAUGGUUUGAAUGUGGCAUUUCCUCAGAACUUGUAUCUUUUAAGUUUCAAGUGGACAGAUGAUACAAUCUUGGUGUUCGGUAACGUUUUCAUGCUUGUAUUUUCAUUUUUGAAUAUGAAAUAACAUGAAAAAGGCGUUCAGUGAGAUAUUUCUGAAAACGUUG